UUACAUUUUCAUCUUCUAACUACUUCUGCCGCACUGUAACUCACCAUCUUCUGACCAAGAAAAAGCAAUAAGUCAAAAUCGCAAGUCUAACAGUUAUCAUGUCGAUCCCAACCUCCACAUCCGUUGUCGAGUCCGCCGUCAUCAAGGCACCUCUCAGUCACGUCUGGCAUCAUAUCAAGCUCCAGAAUUUCAACAACUUCUGGUCCGCCCUCAAGUCGAGUCAGUAUGUUAAGGGUACUAGUGACGAGACCGAUGUUGUGAAGUGGACAUUCAAAGAUGGUACCGAGCUCGAAGUGAAGCAGGAGGAGCACAGUACUAUCAAUCACUACAUUACUUACAGUGUCAUCACCGCCAAACCUGAGCUGACCUACUCUUCCGUCCUUUCUACCAUUCGCUGCUACGCUGUUACUUCGGGCGAAUUAGAGGGAAGCACCUUUGUAGAAUGGACUGGGAAUUUUUCCAGCGAUGCUGACGCAGGUGUUAUUCAGGAUGCCAAAUUCAAGCGUCGUGAUGCCCUGGCCGACUUGGCCAAGGCGGCGACGAGCAAAUAAACUGGCGAUGUUCCUAGCAGUAUACUAUUUCGGGGGAGAAUUCUAGGGGGAAAGGUGAAGGGUAAAGUCUCUUCGUGAGUGUUGAUGUAUAAUUAAAAAAGGUAAACGUGGCAGACAGAAAAGGUUAUGAUAUGCAAUGAAACACUGGUACUAGUAAGAGACAAUCAGAACUCAUGAUGAGCAAUAUCACAUCUAUACGCUAUUUUUCGUUUGCCCCCAUUCCCUUAGGAAUGCUCAAGGCUCAGGCCAAGCCACCGGUCACGAUCAAUAUAUUGAAAUGACUACCUAGGUAUGUUGAUAGAUAAAAUCAACUCGAACAACUAUACUUCGGACUACUUUCUCGGUAGCAAAUAAUCAGAUUAGAAACCUAUGUUAUGGUUCAUAUAAACUAG